CCCUCAUUCAAGACGACCAACGCUCGACCCUCUCGUCGCGUCUUUCGGACGCGUCACUCGCGACCAUACCUCUGGCUGACGCACCCCAAUCAUGUCUGAACUAGCUCUCUACGUGGCUAGCGCCGAAGUGCUCUCGGUAUGCCAGUCUAUGAACGAGGACCUGGAGAGCUUGUUGGAUCCAGAGACCGGAUUUGCCCCGCGGCUGAGGCAGAUAUGUCAUGACCAACUUGUGGAUCUCGAAGAAAACGGUGAUGGGCAGACUACACAAGAAGAACUCGACCUCCUUCGUCUGGAGCGUGAUACAUGGGGCCUCCUCCAGGCUGUUAUGCCUGCACGAAAAACGGAACCACCACCCACACCCACGGCACGCGAGUUGCUCCGCGAAAAUCCAUACACACCUACCUCCACCCUUGCUCAAGCCAUCAUGCACGCGUCCCCACUUCUCUCCGAACUGAUCGCUGUGCGAGAGUGGCUGCAAGACACCGCACCAGAGCCGACGCACCCUGAAGCCUCAACGGGGUAUUGGAAGUUUACGAAGCACGGUGUGAUGCAGGGGCUGAGGAUGGGCGGUGUGGUGAGGGACGGUUUGAUUAAGGAAAUGGACCCAGAUGCUGUGAAUCGAGGCGACGGGAGGAUGUUGGCUGCAGAUGACACGAACUACGAGAAGGGGCUGUCGAUAGCUCUUUACUCCUACAUCCGUGCAGGACGUCUAGAGGAUGCGGUGGAGCUCUGUAGGAAGGCUCAUCAACCCUGGCGGGCUGCAAGCAUUCGCGGGUCUCUCCUUUUCCGAUGGCCAGCCAUUUCUGAUGAGCAACUGGAGGAUGAGUCCAUGGAGGAAGAUCUUGUGGAUCCUUGGGAGGGGAAUCGCAGACGUCGACUGUGGAAGACGACGUGCACCCAAGCUGCCAUGAAUCCUAAUAUUUCGGAGCACGAACGAGUCGUGUAUGCAGCUCUUGUCCCCACACCCCAGACAUCCGUGGUCCUGAAAACGGCAUGUCGGACAUGGGAAGAUCAUCUCUGGGCUCAGAUCAGUGUUGUGUGCGAGGAAAAGCAGAGCACAGAUAUUUUGCGUGCAGGGGGAAGUUUCUGGGAGGGCGGACUGGAGGCCGUAAAUCAAGGCGUCCGCGUGUUGACACCAGAAGCUGAAGAGCUGGAGGCCGAGGAAUGGGAGAAAGAGGUCCUUGGGUCGCUCGUGGCUCUGAAAUCUGUGGCUGUUGAGGAGGGUCCAGGGGCAGAACAUCCAUUUCACUUCACACAGGUGCAGAUAAUCACGGACGAGAUUGGCACACUCCUUGACAACUUUGCGAAUGGAGUGCAAGAUGGCACAUACCCGCGCGAUUCAUUUGAAUACACGACUUUGAGCCGGUUCUUUGCGCAUCUGUGUCUCUUCUUGCAGAUGAUUGACAUUCCGGUUCCUCCACUUGCCACUCAAGUUAUCCUCGAAUCGUACUUGCAAGUGCUUGAGGCUGCAGGGCAAAGAGAGUUGAUAGCGAUGUACGCCGGUGCCCUGGGAGACAACGCUGUGGAGCGUUAUGCUCUGUUCUUGGUCUCGCUGGAACUAUCGGCGGAUAUCGAUGAGCGACGCUUAGCAUUGACACGAGCGCGCGAGCAUGGUCUCGACACCAAUCGAGUCGCUACGGUGACUGCGGAAAGGACAAUCGAGAAAGCAUUCGAGCUUCUUCCGCCGCUGAAGGGUAAACUGCCUUCACCGACAGCCAUGAAAACGGAUCCUUCAGAGGAAGAGCUCUUCCUGUUACGAUCCAUUGAGUGGACCAUAUUCUCGGACGCGACAUUCGAAACUGCCCUAGAGCAGGCGAACGUUAUUCUGCGAUAUUUCUUGGGCUCAGGUCGUGCCCAUAUCGCACAGAGGCUGCUCUCUGUCCUUCCUUUGGAGCUGGCGUCCAUCAGCGAGCCGGAAGAAAGAGCCACUGAAUACUUGCACUAUCGGCAGUUCUUCCUCAUCUACGAUACUCUUGACCGAGUGGUGGAGUGUCAGGUCCUGGAGACACCGCAGAUGAAUCGAAAUACACGGUCUGCUUGGAUGAAGGACUACAAGACACUUGUGGACCAAGCGCACGACCAGAUCGUGAAGCUCUUGACAUCCGAGUGGCUUGUCAGUGAUGUUGAAGAAGGCGGAGGUGACCGUCGUCGCCGAGACCUGAUACGGAUUCGGCAAAUCUACGUUCCCGAACUGAUCAUCCGGCUGCACUUUAUGCUAUUGGCCUCUCGUGCUGAGUUCCCUGCCAACCUCAAACGUGCCUUGGAGCUGUCCAAUAUUGUGGCAGAUUCACGGUAUAAAUUGUAUGAAGACUUUUCCAACGAGGACGGGAAACGAAUCGGGGAUUACUUGAGUGCGGUCAGGCAAGCUGUCUUGGCUGCGCUGGAGGGCGGUGGAUCAGAUCCGUUCAAGGUUCUGUCGAUGUGAUGUUCUAUGCACGCCAGAUGUAAAUGAACCCGUGUUCUCACUGUCUGGACUCUGAUAUGCCCCGGACGCGAUGUGUCGGACUGUGAAUUGGAUCAGAAUCAAGUUUCCCUGGAGUCGCGUCUAGCCGAAUAGAAAACCGCAGUCGUACGUACAAGCUCGCGCCACUAACCGGCAACCGCGCUUGGCCCCCAGAUGCGAUCACUUCGCCGAAGUUUCGUAGCCGGGUCUCCGAAGGGUAUCGCGCCAAAGCCGGCACAGAGCCGGCUGGUGGACGCAAGAAACCCCCGAUUUCGAGUCGUGAUUCAGAUGUAAAAAACCUUUAUAAUUAAUUCAGCUCCGACUCGGAUUUCCAUGAGAAUAUUUGAGAUCCCAGGAGUUUGACCGAGGAGUACUCUGAAGACUGUUCAUAAUCUUCACAAGCCAAUUCAGCCAGCC